GAAAAGCGGGAGGUCCAGGGCUCUCCAAUCCCCUCCAGAGUCUCUCCCCAGGAAAGAUAUCCACCCUCACUAAGGUCCUGAAACCUUGGAAAUUAUCUCUGCUCUCUUUAGGCAAAGCUCCUGGCUUGACUAAAGGCAUCUGCAUGCAGCCUGUGCUGGAGGGACCUGGACACUUCCCUUCUGCAGCUGAUGCUCUUGCUUCCAAUUUCCCCCUGCCCCUUCCACAUUCUCCCAUGAUUCCCCGCAGCACACCCUCUCAUUUUCAUCUUGGACAAGAACUUGGAGACCCUGAUAACAUCUUGCUCUUUGGAUCUUGUGGCUGUUUCUUCACUUCUGCUCUGGUGUCCAUUGUGGUUGUUUGAUGAUUUGUACACACAACAGGCAAUGACAUGGAAGCCUGGGAAGAGCUCUAGUGAAGACUUUGGAAGGUGGCAGAGAAACACCUUUGGGAUGAACACUGACUAAACCCGUUCCCAAAGGCCCUCAGCCAGAGACAAGCUGUUCAGACAGCUUCCUCCUUUCUUUCUGCGCGGUGCCCACACAAGGGAACAAACGCAUCGCCUGGAGUAGCCUGGGUGGGACAUAAAGAGGUAGAAUCUGGAACGAUGGGGAAAUGCAGAGAAAACUCAAACACGUGGAACAGAACCAAUAGUCACAAGAGAGAAAGUCCAAGGAAGACCCUGAAUCUGCUUCUAGUGCACUAGAGGGCAGAGAGGGAUUAGCUGCACGUGAGGCAAGAGAAGCAGACUGAGGGGACACUGUGCUUUGUGCUCGGGGACUCACAGGAGCAGCACACCUGGUGUGACAGUGUUUGGUUGUACCGAACAAUGUAACAAUAGGGCACAGUCACAUUCCUUAGGAAAAGCCUCCGAUUUCGGGGCAAGAGCAUCAGCAGUUGAAGGGAAGCAUCUUCCCUCCGGAACAGACGCACCCAGGUGUCUCCUGACGAGCCAAGAGCUGUGACUGAAGAGCAGAGGCAUGGACUCAAGAGUGCCCUUGGGAAAAUGUCCUGUCUGUAACUUAUGUCAGACCUGAAAUUUCCCAGGGGAAAUAGACAUGGUUAGCUAUCAACUGCAUGAAAUAAAUAAGAUAUUCCCUUGGGGUUUUGUUUUUCACUUGAGAGACCCUGAAAAGACAACCUAGGGCACUCAGUGGCCUCACAGCAUGGUUCUAAGCAAAGCAAAGGACGCUGCUGGUCCUUCGGGUGUUACGCACGGACAUCCAGACACUGGCCUUAAGCUGGAUCAGCACAAACCUGAAGAAAAAUACGUGCCUCAGCCACCUGGUUCCCUGAGCUCAUAGGCCCUCUUUGGGCUCCUUGAAGGCAGCCCCGCCUUGGCACUGUGGUAUCCCCUGCUCUUUGGACUUUGCCUGACUUUGCAGGGGGUUGUGCCUACGUGCAGGAAUGAAUGCAUGAAUGAAGACUCGUGUCUACAACUCUUCCAGGGAAGCAUGGGAGGACGGAAAAUGGCGAGAGAUGAGGAGAGCGCCGAUGGUGCGGAAGGGGCCGCGCGGGCUCCCGAAGCGCAGCUGCGGCUGGUCCUGGUGGGCAGGAGCGGGACGGGCAAGAGCGCCACGGGGAACAGCAUCCUGGGCCGGCGCUGCUUCGAGUCCAGGCUCGGCGCCACCUCGGUGACCAGGACGUGCGCCGCCGGCAGCCGCCGCUGGGCCGGGUGGCACGUGGAGGUCGUGGACACCCCGGACAUCUUCAGCGCCCACGUGCAGCGCACGGACCCCGCGUGCGCCGAGCGAGCCCGCUGCUACGUGCUGUCGGCGCCCGGGCCGCACGCGCUGCUCCUGGUCACGCAGCUGGGCCGCUACACCGCCCAUGACCGCCAGGCCUUCGCCCAGGUCAAGGAGCUGUUCGGCGACGACGCGGCGGCGCGCACCGUCGUGGUCUUCACGCGCAAGGAGGACCUGGCCGGCGGCUCGCUGCAGGAGUACGUGCGCGCCGCCGACAACCGCGCGCUCGCCGAGCUGCUGGCCGAGUGCGGCGGCCGCGCGUGCGCACUGGACAACCGCGCGGGCGGCGCCGAGCAGGAGGCGCAGGCGCAGCAGCUGCUCGGCCUGGUGGCGCGCCUGGCGCGGGAGCACGGGGACGCGCCCCUCACCAACGACGUGUACGCGCUGGCGCACGCGCUGCGGGCCCAAGAGCCCCAGGAGCGGCUGCGCGGGGUGGCGCGGCAGCUGGCGGCGCGCAUGCGCAGGCCCCGGGGGCGGUGGGCGUGGCCGAGGCCCCAUUGGCUGGGCUGGAGGCGGGGCGGGGCCGUCGUGCUGGGGGCGGCGCUGCUGGUCCUCUGGCUGCUCUACCGCAGAGCUGAGCCCCUGGCCGGGGGUGACCUGAGUGAUGGUGGCUUAAAAGGUGCUGUACCUUGGGAAGAAAAGUACUGAAUACACGGGUCAUGGGGGAAGGAGAGGGACAGGCGAUGCCUUCCUUCCAAAGGAAUCCUGUCAGAGCUUGGGCCACCUGGUAGUUUUAAGCAGAACAUCAACUUUGCAAAUGCUCAAAAUUUAAAUCUUGUGCUAGAGAAAUUGUCUGUGUUUGAAGGUGCUUGCCUGCAAAGCCUGACGGCCUGGGUUCGAUUUCCCAGUACCCACGUAAAGCCACAUCUAUGUGGAGUUCCUUUGUAGUGGCAAGGGGCCCUGGCGUGUCUCCCUCCCUCUCUGUUUGCAAGCCAUUAAAGAAAUUUAAGUUUUAAUAUCUCAGCUUCUAACUAUGUAUACAAUGUUUUUAAAAUAAAAUUGUCUAAUUUGAGACA